AUGCGCAGUUUGUGUUGCACCACCAGAAGUAUCAAAGUGAUGUUUUUCUGUGGUUUUUAUUCGUCUUUUUGGAGUUGCACAUAGUUAUUUAAUUACAAUGAAAACGAGGUUCACCACUGUGGAUAUAAGGGCAGUUAUUGCCGAAAUUAAUGCCAACUACAUUGGCAUGAGAGUGUACAACGUGUAUGACAUCGACAAUAAGACGUACCUCAUCCGCCUCCAAAAGCCCGAAACAAAAGCUGUUCUUCUGAUUGAGUCUGGGACUCGCAUUCACUCCACAGACUUCGAAUGGCCCAAGAACAUGAUGCCUUCGGGCUUUGCAAUGAAAUGUCGAAAACACCUGAAGACCCGUCGGUUGACUCAGGUUCGUCAGCUCGGGAUCGACAGGAUUGUUGACCUCCAGUUUGGCUCAGACGCAGCUGCGUAUCACUUAAUUGUUGAACUUUAUGACAGGGGUAACAUAAUUCUUUCCGACCAUGAGUACACCAUCCUGAAUUUGUUGCGGUUUCGUACUGUGGAGGCAGAAGAUGUUAAGAUUGCAGUGAGAGAGCGCUACCCUGUGGAGAACGCCAGACCCCCUGAACCUCUCAUCAGCUUAGAGAGACUAACUGAAAUCCUCAGCAGCACACAGAAUGGAGAUCAAGUCAAAAGGGUCCUGAAUCCUCAUCUUCCCUAUGGAGCCACUCUGAUAGAGCACAGUUUGAUAGAGGUGGGACUCCCAGGAUCUGUCAAAGUUGACAGCCAAACAGCUGUUGCCCAAGUCGCACCAAAAAUUCUUGAAGCCCUGCAGAUAGCAGAAACGUACAUGGACAGAACCCAGAACUUCAGCGGCAAAGGAUACAUCAUUCAGAAAAUUGAGAAGAAACCGAGCUUAAUGUCUGGCAAACCCACAGAAGACCUGCUCACAUAUGAUGAAUUCCAUCCGUUCCUCUUUGCACAGCACGCAAAGAGCCCGUAUGUGGAGUUUGAUUCUUUUGACAAGGCAGUGGAUGAGUUCUUUUCUAAGAUGGAGAGUCAGAAAAUUGACAUGAAGGCCCUGCAGCUGGAGAAACAGGCCUUGAAGAAAUUGCAAAAUGUUAAGAAAGACCACGAGCAGCGACUGGAGGUGUUGCACCAAGCACAGGAGGUGGACAGAGUAAAGGGUGAGCUGGUGGAGAUGAACCUUCCAGUGGUGGAGAGGGCGUUGCAAGUGGUGCGCAGUGCGUUGGCCAACCAGGUGGACUGGACUGAGAUCGGCGUUAUUGUGAAGGAAGCACAGGCUGCUGGAGAUCCUGUAGCGUGCGCUAUCAAGGAGCUGAAGCUGCAGACCAACCACAUUACUAUGCUUUUAAAGAAUCCAUAUAUUUCUGAAGGGGAUCAGGAAGAAGAAGAAAAAAAAGAUGCCACUGAGGAGAAAGGCAAGAAAAACAAGAAUAAAGACAAGGAUCAGAACAAGAAGCUCCAAAAAAACAAGCCCAUGUUGGUGGAUGUGGAUAUCAGCUUUUCUGCCUAUGCCAAUGCCAAAAAGUACUACGACUUCAAACGCAGUGCUGAAAAGAAGGAACAAAAAACCAUUGAAGCUGCAGAUAAGGCUAUGAAAUCUGCAGAGAAAAAAACACAGAAAACUCUUAAAGAGGUCCAGACAGUAACAACUAUUCAGAAGGCCAGGAAAGUCUACUGGUUUGAGAAGUUCUUAUGGUUCAUCAGCUCUGAAAAUUAUCUCGUCAUUGCAGGGAGGGACCAGCAACAGAACGAGAUGAUUGUCAAACGCUACCUGCGGGCUGGUGACGUCUAUGUUCACGCUGACCUCCAUGGAGCAACGAGUUGCAUCAUCAAAAAUCCCUCUGGUAAUCCAGUCCCUCCUCGUACUCUCACAGAGGCCGGCACUAUGGCUGUCUGCUACAGUGCUGCCUGGGAUGCCAAAAUCAUCACCAGUGCAUGGUGGGUCCAUCAUCAUCAGGUGUCUAAGACGGCUCCUACAGGAGAGUAUUUGACCACUGGAAGUUUCAUGAUCAGAGGGAAAAAAAACUUUCUGCCACCUUCCUACUUGAUAAUGGGUUUUGGCUUCCUUUUCAAGGUAGACGAGGAAAGUGUGUUUCGGCACCAAGGUGAGAGAAGGGUGAAGACCGUGGAGGAAGACAUGGAAGAGGUGACAUCCAGGACCGCAGAGCUGUUAGAGGACGGCGAGGAGUUGAUCGGAGACGACAGCAGUACAGAAGAACAAGGUGAGGAAAAAUCAGAGGAGAGCAAGGAGAUGGUAAUAAAGGAAAAUGCAGUGGUGGAAGGGGGCAAUGGUUUUGGUGUAGAGGGGACAUCAUCACAGCAGACCAACGUGGAGGCAGAAGGAGAGGACGGUGGAGUGGAAGAUGGCACAGAGGAAACGGAGGGGAAGACCUCCGAGAAUGAAGAGAUCAGUUUCCCAGAUACGACCAUCUCACUGUCUCAUUUACAGCCCAACAGGAAUACUCUGAGCUUCAAAGAAGAAACUGUUACUCAGGAUGAAGAGACACAAGGAAAAAAACACAUGACCGCCAAGCAGAGAAGGGAAGAGAAAAAGAAGAAACAGAAACAGGACAUUGGUGAUGCAGAGGAAAAAAAUGAGAUUUCAGCUAGCGAACCUGCAGCCGACCAGGGAUCCAAGAGCGGUGGAGGUUCAUCCCAGCAGCCGCUGAAAAGAGGUCAAAAGAAUAAGAUGAAGAAGAUUAAAGAGAAAUACAAAGACCAGGAUGAAGAGGAUCGGGAGCUGAUGAUGAAGUUGCUUGGUUCUGCUGGUGCUGGUAAAGAUGAGAAGGAUAAGCGGAAGAAAGGAAAGAAGGGGAAGAUGAAAGAGGAGCCCAUUAGGAAACCAGCCAAUCAGAAACCACCCCAGAAACCUCGUAAUGUGGAAACUGCAGCAAAGAAACCAGAGGAAAGAGGAGGUGAUAAGGAGGAGAGAAAGCCCGGAGAGGAAGAAGGUCCUGUAGAACACGAGGAGGAAGAUGACGCUGACCAGGACAACCCCGGAGCAGAGGAAGCAGAGAAUUUGCUGAACUCUCUGACCGGCCAGCCUCACACUGAAGACGUGCUGAUGUUUGCUGUGCCGGUCUGCGCCCCCUACACGGCUCUUUCCAACUACAAACACAAGGUGAAACUGACACCAGGCUCUCAAAAGAAAGGAAAAGCGGCGCGCACAGCCGUUACCAGCUUCAUGAAAGCCAAAGAGGUCUCAGCUCGAGAAAAAGACCUUUUCCGUAGCGUCAAGGAUGCUGACUUACCAAGAAACAUGCCAGGCAAAGUCAAAGUAUCUGCUCCGAACCUGCUGGCUAUCAAAAAGUAAUGAGGACAGCGAACUGUGGAAGUGACACGGUUCAACCACACAACCUGCAUAGAUUUCUUCUGCCACCAUGGAGGUUAUAUUCUCAUCUUGUCUGGUUAGCAGGAUAACCUGAGCGAUUUAACUGAUUUCUGUGAAAUUUAAUUAAAAAUUGCAUCUGGCCAGAAAAACAGUCGAAAAUCAGUGAUCGACAGUAAGUGCAGCCUGUUGUCGCCAAAUAUCCUGAGUAGGUGGUCGCUGUGUAACUGAAGCCUUCAAACAGAGUAUUAUUUAUGUUUCCCAAACAUCACAAUCCCUUGAGGCUUUUCAUACAAGUAGUCUUGUAUAAACAGCUCUGUGUGAAUACUUCACUCAUCACGGGCCAGCUAUGGAAUGUCAAAGCCACUCAACUACAGGCUUACCAACCUUAUUCAAAUUGCUAAAAUUUAAGGACAGAAA